AAAAAAGCUGGAGAGCACUUUCUGGAGAAGGUUCAGUUAUGAAAACAAAAGUAUUGUAACAGAUGGGGCCAGCUGCACCUUGGAAACAGCAUAAAAGUGGGUCCGGGAGAGCCAAGGGAGCUUAUCAGCCUCACAGGAGAGCCAGAGGGACGCUGACUGACGGGGCUCGCGGCGGCAGACACACACUUUAGCACUGCGGGGGGAGAUAUAAAAGCACUCUCACACACAGCGUCCAGCCGUCUGGCACACUCCACACUUCACUGAAGGGCUCCGUUUGACUUGGGUGUGAGUUUCUCAUCACGGAGAAUGCUUCCUCCAAAACACCACACGACUCAACUUGAAAGGUUUUAGAGGAAAAAGAGAUAGUUAAUUUGGACAGCAUAUGACAACAAACAUUCCCUCUCUUUAAAGAUUGGAUGUUUUUUGGGCUAAGUAGCAGCCAGGUUUCGGGGGUACUUUUGUGAUGUGGAUAUUAAUGGUGGACGGGCACUGUCAAGCUGUUCGCAGAGGAAAAGAUAGAAAGACAGGAACGUUUUUGAAUUGUAACCCACUGUUAUUGUGACUAUUUUACCACCUUAAAAAAAAUUGUCUUUCAUCUUUUUCACAUUCUCCACAACUUAUCCAAACCAAGUAUUGAAAAACGGAGGUAUUGAAGCGAAGAUGGACUCCUCAUUCACCUCAGAGAUGUUUUACAAUGCGGGGUCGAUCGCAGCCCCCACCGCCAGUUACCUGGACGAGGACAUCUAUCUGCAGGAGGAUCUGGAUGUGUUCAGUGUGACCAUGGCUGUUCUGUACCUGGUUGUGUGCAUCGUAGGGCUGGCCGGGAACACCCUGGUCAUCGUAGCCGUCUUAAAGCUGGACAAGAUGGCUUCCGCCACCACGGUCUACAUCUUUAACCUGGCCUUGGCUGACGCCCUCUUCAUGGUGGGCCUCCCCUUUAUCGCCAUCCAGAACUUCCAGAACCACUGGGCCUUUGGGGACCUGGCCUGCAAGCUGGUCAUGGUCCUGGAUGGCAUCAACCAGUUCACCAGCGUCUUCUGCCUGACCGUGAUGAGUAUUGACCGCUACAUGGCGCUGGUCGACCCACUGCGGUUCGCCCGCUGGCGCACGCCUAGGCGGGCCAAGAUUGUCAGCGGCUUCCUGUGGCUGUUCUCUCUGCUGCCUGUCCUCCCCAUGGCCAUUCACUUCUCGGCCAGGGACGGCCUGUGCACGGUGGACCCCCACGUGACCUCUGACUCCUGGUGGCUGGCCUUCCUCAGCUACACUUUUGUCCUGGGCUUCGCUCUGCCCUCCCUGGUCAUGACUGUCUCCUACACUGCCCUGGUGGUCACCCUGAGGACUCACCGAUGCCAGGCCAGCUCCCCAAGCCAGGAGAGUCAUUGCCUAGAGACCCAGGUCACCAAGAUGGUGGUGGCGGUGGUGCUGGUGUUCGGCGUGUGCUGGCUGCCUUUCUACACCUUCAACUUCUGCUCUCUCUACCGUAUGGACCUGGUGUUGACCUUCGCCAGGGGCUUUGAGUUCGUGGUGCUGCUGUCUUACUCCUGGAGCUGUGCCAACCCCAUACUGUACGCCUGCCUCUCCGAAUCCUUUGGACGCCACUUCCUCACCCUCCUCUGCCCCACCAAAAGGUCUCCCAGCGUGCACUGCAACCCUGACACGGAGCGCUAUGACCUCAAUGACACGAAUGGGAGGGACAUCAGUGUGGUGGCGUAGAGAAGCCAGAAAAAAAAUUCACAUCAGCCUCAAGGUACAAUGUGGAAAUGUGUAAAAAAUUUGUACCGUAUGCAAACUUGCCCAAUCAAUUAUUACCUUCAUUAUUGUGUAUAUAAGGAGUUCGGUAAAGAUGAGUGUUUUUUUAUACAAGUGUUUCUGUACAGCUGUUGUUUUUCUACUGGAUAAUAUACUUUAUAUUUCUGCUCUGCUCUGGCUUUUUCUUCGGAUUUGACUUCUAACACAGCUGUUGUGCGUUGGCCCCGCUGCUCUAGCACACCUCGGUCAUUUGAUUUUCCAUAACUCGUGAAAUGAAGCAUAAAUGAUGCGACAACAGAGAGGCGGUGAAAGGUGGCAUGUAAACAAGAUAGCAGCUAUGUGUUGCUGGCCAAGACAAUGAGCUCCCAGAAGACCCACAGAAGUUGACUCAAUGACUUUUGGGGUGAUGUCAUGGUUGUCAUGGAAGUCAGCUCAGAGUUGAUUUCUUUAGGGGAAAUUCUUACUACAGAACUGUUUGGGGUGAGAUACGAAGGACAAGACAAAAGGUGUUUGGUUCAUCCCAAGAUUAGUCCUAUUGGAUGUUCAUAGAGUAAGAAUGUUCAUACUGUAACUAUGGAUGGUUUAUACUUAUUAAAAUGCUUGUUGUAUGUGGCUUAAUAUUUUUAAGUUAUUCCGUCUUAACAGGGUACAUUUUGUAUUAGUUAUAAUUUAGUCGCUUUUGCCUAAAUUAAAUAGAGUAAGUUUUCUUGACGGAGGAAGAUGAAUGAAAAAUAUAUGACUUUAUGUAAACUUUAUGAUCAAGCAACUGAUUCUUUAUCAAGACAAUGGACCAAGAAAAUACAAGCUAGAGAUUGAUGGUAUAAUCAUCGUCAUAAUUCAAAUCAUAACCAUCACCGCCAUCGUCAUCAACACAUUUUUUUGUAGUUGCUUUCAUGUUGCAAUUAAGCUCAACUUAUUGUUAUGUCAAAUUAGUUUCACAGUGUACAAAUAUUGUUUAUGGAUACGUAUUACACAUUGUUGCUUGAAUCUCACUCACUCACUCACUCACUCACUCACUCACUCACUCACUCACUCACUUACUCACUACUGUAUCCUCACCUUCCUGUUUUAAAUCUCACAUGAGAGAAAGCUAACUGAAGGAAUUUUCCAUUAAAACAUACAAAUCAUAAUGUUGGAUUUUUCUACUUAGGUUUGUUACAGAAAUAAAUCAUCUGUGAGGCUCAAGUUAGUGAACUAUUUAGUUUUACAGUAUGUGUGUAUGACUAUAGCCUCCUGGUUCACACUGAGCGUAUCAAACAUUAGGAACACCUGCUCUUUCCAUGACAUAGACUAACCAGGUGAAUCCAGGUAAAAGCGAUGAUCCCUUACUGAAGUCACUUGUUAAAUCCACUUCAAUCAGUGUAGAUGUAGGGUAGGAGACAGGUUAAAGAAUGGUUUUCAAGCCUUGAGACAAUUGAGAUAUGGAUUGUGUAUGUGUGCCAUUCAGAGGGUGAGUGGGCAAGACAAAAUAUUGAAGUGCCUUUGAACGAGGUAUGGUAGUAGGUGCCAGGUGCACCGGUUUCAGUGUCUCAAGAACUGCAACGCUGCUGGGUUUUUCACACUCAAAUGUUGCCGGCGUGUAUCAAGAAUGGUCCACCACCCAAAGGACAUCCAGCCAAUUUGACACAACUGUGGGAAGCAUUGGAGUCAACAUGGGCCAGCAUCCCUGUGGAACACUUUCGACACCUUGUAGAGUCCAUGUCCCGACAACUUGAGGCUGUUUUGAGGGCAAAAGGGGGUGCAUCUCAAUAUUAGGAAGUGCAACAAUAUGUUUCUAAUAUUUUGUACAUUCCAUGUAUAAACAGUUUGCUUGUGGUGAAUUGUGUGGUGAGUUUGCACUAUGAGAUGUUCUGACCAACUUUCUGUUACAAUUUGUGGUUCUCUGUGAAGCCUAGUGUAGAGCUGCUCUGAGACUAAAUAUUUACGACCUGAGCCCUAUACUACGAAUCAGGUUUGAAGAGUUAGUUUAGUAACUUUGGUCAGCUCUGACUUCAACUCGAGAUGACCAAGACCAUGAAGGUGGCUUACCUUUUAGCCAGGUGAAUUUCUAUGACAACGAAUCCUUCCAUGGCCGUGGGAAGAUUGGAGGUGCUGAGCCACGAGUUGAGGACCAGUAAAAUUAAAUACCCUCCCUCUCACAAAGAUUGUCAUCAUCACCUUCAUUUGACGAAGACGACUGAUUAAAUAUUUUAUUAAUCAAAUUUGUCGUGUGUAAUGUUAGAAUAAAUGUCACAUUACACACUUAGUGAUGACAGCAUUUGCUUCCAAAUGUAACGUUUUUUUUUGCACGUUUGUAUUUAGAAAUGUGCGAAAGGCAAACUGACAGCCGCAACCAACCAUAGAAAUAUAAUCCAUAGAUCGCAGUUCCCAUUCAAGGGACUACCUAAAAACACAGCACUUCGAUACAUCUGUGCAAGAUAACUUUUCAUUCAUUUUGAUUUCAGCACAACUGAAAAUGUGGCGCUGACUUGCCCAUGGAUUGAUGUUUCAGCAUUGUCUCAACGAAGAGUUCGCCGUUCAACUAGCCAUGUGCGACAUGCACGCGACGAUACAAGCCUGCUAGAGUUAGCGGCAAGUGGACAAGCUAUAUCCACCUUCGUAGGAUGAAGCCUGACCUGGAAUGUGAAGCUAACUGAAGCUGGCUAGAUUUAUAAAAGCCUAAGUAGAUGUAGCUUGCUUAGUAGUAGGCCACUCUGCUAACUAGGGCCUUGGACUGACUUGUGUCUGGCAUGGGGACUAUGUUAAAGAAGCAAUAAACUAUCAAAUGUGCAGCGUUUACAGUAAGUUUUAAGAGGAGUUCCACUGGUUAAAAUGUGCCCCUCUUUAAGGGUUCACUGGCAGAUUUCAAACAUGUGUGCUUCUGGUACAUUGUCACUUGUUUUUUUGUUGUUUUUACGAGUUCAUAUUGCAAAGGGAAGACAUUCCAAAAGAUUCUGAAGUUUUUGUUUUUCUGAAGCGCGCUUGAUCAAUGUCAAGGGUCAAUAGGGGCAUGUUUGCUCAUUCUGGGUUUGAACAACAUAAAAGGAAGAGAGACUGUGACUCUAAGGUUGUAUAUGUACAGCUCUAUGAUGUGCAAAUCUGUAGGGAUUAUGGGAUUCUGGAAAUGGGUCCAUGAGGGUCAGUGCAAAUAAAACAUUUGCACGGUCAUCUUCCAAUAAGGUUUUAAUUUAAGACUUUGCUUAAUGUUGCAGACGAUUCGUUUUCCUUGUUAUUUUUGCUAGAUGCGAUCCAACCUUCCCUCUUCUUCAGUAAUUAGAAGCAGCUGCUAACUGCCGGUGACAGACAGCAGUAAAGAAUAAUAAUGGCCACCAUGGGAGUGUGGGUGGGGAAUUAAUCAAUAAAGUUCAAUUACACAAUCCAUGUCUAAUAGCUAUCAGCUGUCAUCAAUGACUCUCUCUCUCACACACACACACACACACACACACACACACACACACACACAGCACCUCAUUUUUCAUCCUCAGGCAGAUAUCCAUUGCAUUCUGAAAUUAUUCAGACCCCUUGACUUUUUCCACAUUUUGUUAUGUUAAAGCCUUCUUCUAAAAUUGAUUAAAUUGUUUUUAUCCUU